GGAGAGAAUGGAUGUCGGUGUCAGAGAGAAAAGCAGAGAAGCUACAGCUGUAGUAGUAAGUAGUUGUAAACUUUAGCUCAACACAACGGUGAUCACUUCAUUUCUGCACAAGCAAACAGGUAAGGCCAAUCACAGUCACUAUGCAGUGGAAACAGAAACCUCUGCAGACACUACAGUAGUAAUCUGCAGCCACAACUACCCUGAAAGUAUAAGCAGGUGAAGUGUACCAGGCUGACUCAGCACUGGAGUCCGCCGGAGCGAUGACUUUCAGGGUUGAAUUACACAGGAAGCUCCUAUUUGAAGUGUGAGAAGUGCUAGAAGCCAGUUGUCACUUCAUUCAUGCUAUACAGCGAACACUCUACAGAUGGGUAGAUAAACCUAACCACUAACAUCAGUGGACUGGAACUAAUCUGAUUCACAGCCAGGAGCUCUGGACUUCAGCAGGAUCAAGGUUGUGUAAAACGGAUGGAUUCCAAGCCUUUUUCAUUCUUCUUUUCAGUGCUGGUUCACAUCAACAGUGUGUUUUGGACUACUUGAGAUGCAGAAUUGUUCCCUAUGUGCAAACAGACGUUAACCCAUAAGAUACUGCUGUUUUAAGUGCCAUCUACUGCGAAUUAAAGCCCCUGUCACAUGUGACAGUGCAUGCUGUUGGGGUCCGAGGCGAAUGAUCUACACAAACACUCGCUCUGCUCUGCGGUCGACUCUCCUGUAUAAGUUUCUGUCUGAUCAGAGUUUUGGACGUGGAUGCUGAUGUUUCUCAACACUUUGCUGGUGGUCAUGACGGACCUGGCAGCCGGGUUGCUGGGUAACAGGCUGGUCCGUCGGCACUUUAACCUGCUGCUGUCAGCGGUGGUGAUGUUCGGCCCCGCUCUGAGCCUCUGGGUGUCCCAGCACAGCGUCUUUGCCCGCAGAACCCACUUCCUCUAUAGGUUGUUCUUGCGCUCUGGUUGGGGCUGGACUUGCAUUUUUGUUGGCUCCUUCGUCUUCCUCCUCUCCUUCUCCGUCUGUCGUUCCCUGUCUCUUUCCUUCCGCCAUCUCUCCAGGCUGCCGGUGGCCGUUGGACUGUGGCUUGGUUUCUGCAAACUCCUGGACCUCCUGGAGAACACUACAGGAAGCUGCUACGAAUCUUUAAAAGCUGUCCCAGAGGUGAACAGCGGGCAGCCUCUGCUGGUGCUGAGAGACGGAGAGAGCAAAUCUGAGUGCCUGAGAGCAGGGAUGGUGUGGAGGGGAUAUGAAGUUUCAGAGGACAUCUUCCUCCUGUGUCUUUGCUGCCUGCUUCUGGCAGAGGAAAUAGCGGUGUUUGGCCCUUAUCUGAGCCUCGGUGGGGUCUCGGAUGCUCCUCUGAGGAUCCUCUUCUUGUUCUGUGUUCUCCUGCUUGGCCUUUGGAUGUUCCUGCUUCUCUGUCUCUUAGCUUACUUCCCUCAGUUCCCCACCCAGAUCCUGGGGGGGGCUCUGGGAUACCUCACCUGGAGGGGACUGUAUCAGGGCUGGUACUGCCUGGGGCCUACUUGGUACUGCCCGGGCAGACCUGGCCAGGGACUGCUGAACACCAAGACCAGCAGGCACCAGUCAGAGGAUGCAGUGAGUCACAAUCACUACAACUAACUGAAAACAUGACUCAAACCAUUCAGCCCCAAAACUAAAAUUAAUAAAAAUCUUCAACAAGUAUUACGUAUGGAGUAAGU